AUGUUCCAUAGGGCGCCUGGCCAGUACUCCGCCGACUUCGAUUGGUCGGGCGCGCACACCGAUGACUAUGCUUGCCUGGCAACAUUGACACCAAACGGUCACACCAACCAUCGUGGUGUUGAGGGCUCAGCUGGAAAGCCCUCCAGCAAGGAGAGUGGGCACCGGAGCAGUCAAUGCGGCGGAGUAUCAAAGUGUAGAUUCUCAGGUAUCGCCACUGCUCCAUGUUUCAGUUGGCACUGCAUCCCUCCCUGGUUCGAGGAGCCAGAUUGCGCGGUGCCGCAAGUUUAUUAUAGCGGAAGUAGAGGGAUGUAACUGUCACUGGGAUUCUCAAAGCCUUUCCUUUAACCACCCCCCCUAAAGCAGAGCCCCCCACAUUGCUACAACUCUGAACCAGAUCCCAUCCCUUCAACAAAACCCCUUUCUCUCUAUCAGGUUUCUGAUAGGAAUCAGCCCCCUGCAAUCAAACCCACCUCUUAUCAGCAGAGCCUUUUCCUGUUGAUCCACCCACCCGUCAAGCACCCCCCCUCUGUCACUUCCAGGUGCAAACCAACAAUCACCCUUGUUGGGUCUUCCCACCCUGGUCCGCAA